UCCUUGAUUACAACGACCUAAUGAAAAUCCCCGUGGUUAAUUAUCAGAUUAGAGAUGCUAAUCGCAAUGCAAUAAGAGUGAGGGAUGAGUCAAGUGGGGAGGUUGCCAACCAACAGUUUUUUAUGCCAGGAAUCUUGCCCAAGAUACCUGGGCGCUUCUACUAUCUGUUUGGGAAGCCCAUAGAAACAAAGGGAAAGGAAGAGAUUCUGAAGGACAAAGAAGUCGCAAAGCAAUUGUACUUGCAGGUAAAAUCUGAGGUUGAAAGCAAUAUUGCAUUCUUGCUUAAGAAGAGGGAGGAGGAUCCUUAUAGGAGUGUUAUUGAUAGAACAUUAUACAAGGCAGUGCAUGCUCCUUCACAUGAAGUUCCAGCAUUUAAGCCUUAAAAAUAUAUUUAUUGAUCAGAGGUACAGUGAAGGAGGUUUAUGUACAAAGUCAAGUG